GUAGACCUACCUACCGUGUUGUGUUUGUUGAGAACGUGCUGCACUUGCGGCACGCUUAAUAUUAAUGAAAAUCUCUAAGUUUUAUCGUUCUGAAUGAAAAAGUAAACUGAAGGCUUGGUAAGAUGUCUAUUUCAUAUAUGUUGUCUGGUCUAAACAAAAUAGGCUCUGAAACAGGAACCCAGGAGCUCAAGAUAUUAUGUGAAAAUCUAAAGACAUCUUUAUCAAAAAAAGCAUUAGAAAUUCAAGAUAUUGUGAAAAUUUUAUCAGAUUACAUUCUCAAAAUUGAUGAUGCUAUAUUGUUCAAAACAUAUUUAUCAAAUAUACUACUGGCAUUAGUGUCAUUGAAGAUACCACUAAAAGCUAUUUUCUCCAGCCCUGAUUACAUAAAAUGUAGUGAUUCUGAAAAGAUUGCUCAUUUGGAGUAUUCUGUGAUAUUAGCUACUUUAUGUGAUCACCCUGAUAUUUUGCAAUAUGCCCUUAAAUACUUUGAGAUCAAUAAAGUACCACCAUUUGAGGUGUUCAUAUAUCACGAAGAAGGUUACAAUGUUGCUCCAAAGAAACGUCGGCUGCUCGACUGCAGACAGAAGAUUAAUGAUCAACAAAUAGUGAACUGCUGCUACACUUUACUUACGAAGCUGCCAAACGAAUUGUCUGUUAAAUGGGAUUGGACCAAAUUUGUUGAGAACUUCAGUAAUCAUGAUAACGUUGAGAUAAGAUGGAUGGUUAAAGAAUGCAUGGUGAUCUUAACUAAUAUGACAGAAGCACAAGCAAAGAUACUAUCGAACAAUAUGAAACUCUCUCAACAAGACGUCUUUCACUUUCUCACUCCCAAAAAUUUCAAAUGCUAUACUUUUGAUGAAACGGUCAAAGAUGAAAAACUUAUUAUUGAUAAUGUAGUUAAUAUUGAUGGUAUCCUGUUACCAUUGUAUGAUAAGGACAAUGUUCAGAAUGGUAGUUUGGUUCCUGUAAAAUCGACGGUCAAUAAUUUGAGAAGUCUUGCACUUGCUGUUGCUUCAGGUCAACCACUUUGUCUCAUGGGACCAGUAGGCUCCGGGAAAACUACUCUUGUGGAACACUUAGCAGCUAUAACAGGUCGAAAAGGUACCGCUUUCAAGAAAGUACAGUUGGGUGAUCAGACUGAUUCUCGAAUGCUACUUGGCUCUCAUCAAUGUACUGAUGUUCCUGGAGAAUUUAAAUGGGGUCCAGGAGUACUAACUGAGGCUGUACAAAAUGGGCAUUGGCUUUUAUUAGAGGAUAUUGACUGUGCUGCAUUAGACGUUGCUUCAACUCUCAGCUCGCUCAUAGAAAGGAACACGCUAUGUGUACCCGGGUACAGAGAUUCACUACCUGUAACCCCGGGUUUUCAGCUCUUCGUAACUCAGAGAACAUUAACAACAAAUUAUGGUUUCCAAAAGAAAAUGUCCAACUCUAGUACACUCUUACAGAAACAUUUGACGCAAAUCAAUGUCGAACCACUUUCUCGGUCCGAGCUAUGUGAAAUAGUACAGACAUUAUAUCCGAGUUUGAAUACAAUUUGCUCGAGAAUCAUCGAGGUAUUCAUGAUGUUCUCCGUAGGAAAUCACGACACUUCAUUACAGACAACUGAGGUUGUUAUUGAAAAAAACUCCAAUAUAAAUUUAAUAAGGGGUUCAAGACUUAUAUCCACAAGAGAUUUGAUGAAAUGGUGUUCCCGAGCUGUCGUAGGUUUUGAUGUGUCAAGUCCAGGAUCUGCUCUCAAAGUACUGCAAGAUGCUCUCGACAUAUUCACUUGUUCGGUUUCAACACCGGAACAUAGGUUGGAGCUAGCAAAAAAAGUCGGAACAUGCUUAGGUAUUGUUGAAACCAAAUCGGAAUUUUAUUGCAAACACUACAAGCCAAACGUAUCGCUACACCCCGCUUGUUUUGAAGUCGGAAGAGCUAAAGUACCACGGCUAGAGAAAAGCUUAGAAACUAUUGAUUUUGAUAAUAAGCAAGUGGUCUUUUCAUUUACUCGUCAGUCCGCAUGCUUAUUGGAGAAGAUAGCGUGCUGCGUUAUGUCUAACGAGCCUGUGUUGCUUGUUGGCGAAACCGGUACAGGGAAAACAUCUUCCGUCCAGUACUUGGCUAAGCAGACGGGACAUAAGUUAAUCGUUAUCAAUAUGAACCAACAGUCGGAUUCGGCGGACUUGCUGGGUGGUUAUAAGCCGGUCGACUUGAAAUACGUCAUAAAACCUAUCAAAAACGAAUUUCAAGAGCUCUUCCGUAAUUUUUAUAACAUACAAAAAAAUACCAAGUUUCUGAGUCACGUAGAGACUUGUUAUGAAACAGAAAGUUGGACUGCAUUGUUGGCACUGAUGCAACAGAGUCAUAAAGCAGCCGUUAAUAGAUUAAAUGCCGAGAAAAAAGAAAUUAAGCUGAAGAGGUGGUUAAUGUUUGGCUACAAACUGGCCAAAUUGGAACAACAAAUCAAAGCCGCUUCUAAAUUAACUUUUGCAUUUAUAGAAGGCUCUCUAGUGAAAGCUAUGCAGGAAGGUCAUUGGGUGUUACUAGAUGAGAUAAAUUUGGCUUCAGCUGAGAUUCUAGAAUGCUUAGCUGGACUAUUAGAAGACAAGAAUGACACUAUAGACUUAUUAGAAAAAGGUGAUAAAGUUCCUAUAAAAAGACAUGCCGAUUUCACAUUGUUCGCGUGCAUGAAUCCAGCCACAGAUGUUGGUAAAAAAGAUUUACCCGUUGGCCUUAGAAACCGUUUUACCGAAUUCUUCAUAGAUGAGUUAACCGAACGAAAUGAUUUGAUGUUGCUCAUAGGGGACUAUUUAUAUCAUAUGAAUCUCACGGGGGCAACUUUGGAAGCAAUUUACUCUUUCUAUUCUGGUAUAAGAAAAGAGGCAAAGUUGAAUCUAGUCGACGGCGCAGGUAAUGCGCCACACUAUUCCCUUCGUACUCUAUGCAGAGCCUUAACGGCUGCCUCCAAAGCAAAAUGCGGAACAGUGGCAAGGUCACUUUACGAAGCUUUUUGUUUAUCUUUCUUAACGCAAUUAGAUAGCUCUUCGCAUCCUAUCGUAGAAGCCAUGAUUGCCAAGGCUGUUAUAGGAAAAAAGAACAUAAAAUCUGUUCUUAAUCAAACCAUUCCAGAGCCACAGGUUUUAGGCCAAAACUUUCUACUUUUCGAAGGUCAUUGGAUUCCACAAGGAACAUUAGAAGUAUGCAUUCCAGAAAACUACAUUCUCACUCCGACGGUCCGAAAAAAUCUAAGGGAUAUAGCGCGAAUCGUAUCCUUGGGUCGUUUACCUGUUCUGCUACAAGGCGAUACGUCUGUAGGAAAAACUUCUCUUAUCACUUACAUUGCAAAGGCAUCUGGAAACUACUGUGUGAGAAUUAACAAUCACGAGCACACCGAUCUACAAGAAUAUAUUGGUUCGUACGCCACAGAUUCAAGUGGUAAAUUAGUGUUCAGAGAAGGCGUUCUUGUUGAAGCCAUGAGAAAAGGAUAUUGGAUUAUUUUGGACGAAUUGAACUUAGCUCCGAGUGACGUACUGGAAGCUUUGAACAGAGUAUUGGAUGAUAAUAGAGAAUUGUUCAUACCAGAAACACAACAAGUUAUCAAAGCCGAUCCUAACUUUAUGCUAUUCGCGACCCAGAAUCCACCAGGCUUGUAUGGAGGGCGCAAAAUGCUAUCUCGCGCCUUCCGAAAUAGAUUUGUUGAGCUUCAUUUCGAUGAAAUACCCAAACGAGAAUUGGAAACGAUACUGCAUCAAAGAUGUCAUGUACCUCCAGCGUAUAGUAAAAAAAUGAUAGCUGUUAUGGCAGAUCUGCAAAUAAGACGUCGAGGAUCUGCGGCUGUACAGGGUAAAGAUGGCUUCAUAACUUUAAGAGACUUAUUUAGAUGGGGUGAAAGAUACAAACAUGCGUCCAAAGAGUGUCUCACUGAUGAGAAGUUUUACGAUUGGGAUCAACACAUAGCCGAUGAAGGUUACCUCAUACUCGCUGGAAAAGUAAGACAGACCGAUGAGAGAUACAUUAUUGAACAAAUCGUUCAGAAAAAUAUCAAAAGAACCGUAAAUCCCGACAAUCUUUUCAGUCUCCACCAAGGAACGUCGCCAGUGACAAAAUCUACAUUAGAAAGUCUCUUUAACAAUCAACUGGUUGAGUUCUCGCAUGUAGUCUGGACCUACAACAUGAGGAGAUUAGCCAUAUUGAUAGCGAAAGCGUUUAAAUUCAAUGAACCGGUUUUACUUGUCGGAGAGACUGGAUGUGGCAAGACCACGAUUUGUCAAGUUCUUGCGGCAAUGAACAAACGUCAGCUGCUAUCUGUAAAUUGUCAUAUGCACACUGAGAGUUCAGAUUUUUUGGGUGGUCUCAGGCCAGUACGUCAGCAUAAGAACGAUGGUCGGUUGUUCGAAUGGGUGGACGGUCCUUUGAUCAAGGCCAUGGAAACCGGAGAUAUAUUUUUGGCUGAUGAAAUAUCGCUUGCAGACGACAGUGUCCUGGAACGAUUGAAUUCUUUACUCGAACCUGAACGCCAAUUAGUUCUUAGCGAAAGGGGAAUGGAGGAUAACUCAGACAUAGUCGUUAUCACUGCCAAUGAAAAUUUCCAUUUUAUCGGCACUAUGAAUCCUGGUGGAGAUUUCGGUAAGAAAGAACUAUCUCCAGCCCUUCGAAACAGAUUCACUGAAAUAUGGUGCGACAGUGUUACUACCAGGGAAGAUUUAUUGGGCGUUCUUGAGAAGAGUGUGAAUAAAGGUAUAGCUUUGGGAAACCAAGAAGAUGGAAGCUCUGGCAUAGGCACUUCAAUACUAGAUUUCACUGAAUGGUUAAAAACUUCUGAAGUGACCUGCAAGUUUCCUUUCAGUAUUCGUGACUUGCUUUCGUGGGUUCAGUUUAUUAAUGUUACGGUAGCUAAAGGACUAUUAGAUGUACCUGAAGCAUAUGUGCAUGGAGCAUGUAUGACAUUUUUGGAUUGUUUUGGCACAGCAUUGACGGGUCAGAUUGAUUCAGCAUCUCUAACUGCAUUGCGAAAUUCCGCUAUCGAUUUCUUGUUAGACCAAAUCAAGACUAUAGGGCCGGAAUAUUUGAAUAAUCUCCGAUCUAUGCUUGGUAACAAACAAAACGAGUUCACAGCUGAAAUGGAUUGCAGUAAAUUUGGAAUAAAGCCUUUUUACAUAGAAGUUGGUCCUAACUAUGACGUCAGUGGUGAACGCGACAAGUUUACGUUCACAGCUCCUACAACAGGUGCUAAUACAUUGCGGCUUUUACGCGGCCUGCAAUUAAAUAAGGCAAUACUCCUCGAAGGGAAUCCAGGCGUUGGAAAGACGAGCUUAGUCACGGCUAUAGCAAAAUCAUCGGGCCACAAAGUUGUGAGGAUAAAUUUAAGUGACCAAACUGAUAUAACUGAUUUAUUUGGUACCGAUUUGCCUUCUGAAGAUGGAUCUUUCACAUUCAAGGAGGGUUCAUUUCUGAGUGCGCUCCAAAACGGCGAUUGGAUUUUAUUGGACGAAUUAAACUUAGCUCCCCAACCUGUAUUAGAAGGUCUCAACGCUUGCCUAGAUCACAGGGGAGAAGUUUUCAUACCUGAAUUAGGCAGAACGUUUAAAGUGAAAGAACAGACAAGAUUGUUCGCUUGUCAGAAUCCUUUGAAACAAGGCGGAGCAAGAAGAGGUCUCCCAGUUUCAUUCUUGAAUAGAUUCACUCAAGUGUACAUUGAUACUUUAACUAAAGCUGACUUGAUUUAUAUUGUCGAAUCUCAAUAUCCAUCCAUACCCAAAGAUAUUCUCCACAGAAUUGUGCAUUUUAACUGUAAAGUCGCCCAUGAUAUUAUUGAGCUACAGUCUUGGGCACAUAGAGGUAGCCCUUGGGAGAUGAAUUUGAGAGACAUACAAAGAUGGUGUGAAGCUAUUAUUAAAGAUCAAAACGGUGACAGUAAAAUUUGUCCUGGGAAAUAUGUUGAUAUGCUGUAUGUGAAUCGCAUGAGGACCGCCGAAGACAAAGGCAAAAUGAUCCAAACAUAUACUGAAUUUUUCGAACCCGACUACCCGAGAAGCGAUGGCAUACCACAGUUCUUAAUAAACGAAAAAGAAGUUAUAAUCGGCGAUGUAUCUAUCGAAAGAAACGUCGAAAAACAGUUCAAAAACAGAAGAUCCAUUCAAACGAAUCUCUUAGUUUUAAGAAAUCAACUUUCUACUUUGAAAGCCCUGGCACAGAGCGUCAACAUGAACUGGCUGUCAAUACUUGUGGGUUCGUCGGCCACAGGCAAAAGCAGUGCUGUUCAAUUACUUGCCGAUUUGACUGGUAACGACUUGCAAGUAGUUCCCGUGACGUCGGCCAUGGAUGUCUCCGACUUACUAGGCGGCUUCGAGCAAGUCGACUAUAAUAGAAACCUCGAAAUCAUUUAUGACAAAAUAGAAACUAUAACGAUACAAACGGUCAGAAACAUCUGGUUGGACAGUAAAAAGGAUGAGUUGAAAACAAAGUGUCUAUUGAGUAACUUGUAUGAGUACAAAACGUUGCAAAGCACUAGUUGUGACAGAAACGACGAUACAAAAGAGUUCCAAGGGAAAAUACAAUUCCUCAAAAAACACAGUGAACAGCUACUUCAGUACAACGCCACUUGUACCAGUAUGAGCGAAAAAAUAACAAAAAUUGUAAACGUCUUGGAUUUAUUAGCAUUCAGAGUUUCAAAAGGAAAGUCGAUAAAUGUAGGUGGAAAAUUUGAGUGGGUCGAUUCUUUACUAGUGAAGACUAUGAUGGAAGGGUCGUGGCUCCUUCUCGAUAACGUAAAUCUCACGUCAGCAGCUGUUUUAGAUCGUCUAAAUGGUCUAUUAGAACCCAACGGAGUGUUGAGUAUACUGGAGAGAGGGGACGUAAGUGAAAUCAAGCCACAUCCGAAUUUCAGAGUUUUUUUCACUAUGGAUCCGAAAUAUGGUGAAAUAUCGCGAGCUAUGAGAAAUCGAGGUGUCGAGAUUUUCUUACUCAGAUCUGAUGAUUGGAACGCGAGCUUGUCGGAGACCUUGACUUAUUUGGAUUUAGUGGCCUUGUUGUCUUCAUGCGACUUGCCAAGCGAAUACCAUGAGAUAUCCAUCAAAUGUCACGAAGCGAUGGCAGCUUUCGUUCAAGGUUUUGAAAGACCAACCAUAUCGCAUCUAUUACAAGCAUCGCAUCUGACUUGGCAGCAAAUCGUAAGGGGUAUAUCGGUUAAAACAGCUCUCGUUAACAGUUUUUCGGAUAUAUAUGUAAAACCAAGAUGCGGAGGAGAUUUCGCCUCAAAUGUCAUAGCGUCACUGGCCGAAAACAAAAACUGCAUGCUGAGAGCUUUGAAUCAGUUAAUUGAUGGUUUUGAAUUCAAGGAACCUAGUGAUACAACGCAUACGUUAAGAGCGAAAGGUCUUUGCGCGAACUCAUCAUUGGAGAUCGCUCAGCAAAUAGCUUACAUCGCAAGUCGAGAAUUCACUGAUACAGACUAUACAACUGAAAAAGUUCUAUACACUAUAUUCAGUUUAUUGACAACCUAUUUUAAGUGUUCCAAAGAAACAUUCCACAUAACCUACACAAUCAUUGAAGAUAUUUUAAAACAUAAAAAAACGGAUAGCAUCGAUUUAGUUUCAAAAUUGAAUAAACAAAUCAAAGUUCACUUCAACGAAACCGUUGGAAUGGAUUUCAUGUAUAAAAGAUACUUCCCGGAGUCUCAAAGUGUUAGUGAUAACGUUCUUAAAGUGAUAAAUGUCGAAACUUUAUUGCUUUACAACGAACUUUUGUCUGUAUACCUUUCGUCGUUACAUUGUAAAGAUUAUUUUUCUGCAUACGACUAUUCGAAGGCCGUCCUAAAAGGUCAAAUGACUAAUGAUUUCGUCGAGUAUCCUAUACUGAAACAGUGCACUGUAUAUUUGAGAACUAUUAAUCUUUUUAUUGAACGAGCUAUUAUGGAAGCUGAGCACAAUUUAGACGACAAGUCUUCGUGUCGCGUGUUACAGCUACUCAGCUGGAGAGACAGACUUAUAAGACUGACAUACGAACCACUGUUUAUUAAAUCUGGAUCGAAAAAACGUCAGACUCUGAGAGAGGACAUCGUUCCUUUGAUAUAUCUUCACAUGAAAUGGACCCACAAGUAUUUGAUUCAUGAACUUUUUAAGAUGUCAAAUAACGACGCGAUGGUCGAGGAAUUCGCGAAGUCCGUUCGUAUUAUAGAUCUGAAUAAUGAUCAACUUAGUUCGGAAAAAACGAAAUUGAGCAAGAAGCUGAGAAAGCUCUACGGCCAGCCCAAAUUGUAUGUGAACAAAGCAGAAUAUGAUCUAUGUAAAAUCAGAACGGACAUUUAUAACAGAUUGUCUUUGAAUAUGAACAUACCGCUUGAAAGACAGACAGACAAACUUUCGAUAGAUCUUGCUACAGUAUCUGACGUGACCUUAGCGUUGGACGUACCUGAUGAAGAUAAACUGGCAAUAAUAAAAGAAAACUUAACCAAAUUAGAGUCCGCCAUGAUAUCAGUAAACACGAAACGAGACAUUAAAUUGUUACCAGUAGCAUCGUAUGUCAUACAAAGAGUAUUGAGCUCGUUAAAGCUGAUUUUCUUAAAAUUGACGAAUAAACUAUCAACAUCAGAAGGUGAGGUGUUGGAGGGAAAUUGCAGCGAAGUUUUGAAAUACAUUGUUCAAAUAGCCACAGCUACAAAAGGAUUGCCGAUUGCUUUGCUGGACGUGCUUAGAGUGCUUGCGAAGUUACUGGGGAAUGAUCAAGAACUUCGAAAUGAGAGACUUUCGUCAAUACCAGCGAGAUUUUGGGACGAGUUAUUCAAAGCGUUUAUUAACUCGCCAGCGAUGUAUCCGACACCGUUCUUGAAUAUAGAUAAAGCCACAUCUGAUGAAGAAUUACAAGAAGCCAUCGUCAACACGAAAAAGUUGUCUGAGAACCUUCCUGUAUUACCUUAUUAUGUCCAGAAAGUUACCGUCUCCCCUGUUGAAAACGGCGAUCGUCAUGUAUUGGCUUAUGAGACAAUAUCUAUUGAAGACAGAGCUCAAUAUUCUUUGCAUUUAGAUUCAUUGUUGAAUAUUAUUUGGAAGAAUAUCGCUACAUUACAUGCAACGGCUACUUCUAAAACGAAAUCAGAUGCUGAAUUUGAACUGAAAAAAUUUGAACAGCUCACGUUGUAUUUAAAAUCAAUCGUAAGUCAAACCAAACCAGCGAACACAGAUACAAAUACUUCAAACAUCGACACAGUACUACAAUUGAAAGAUAAAAGAUUAACAGACAUGCUUACUGAAACUCUGAAAGUUUACAACGAAUUAAAGGCGACGGAAGAUAAAACUAAAAUGAAAAUAUUAACAGCACAACUGUCGUUACUAACGAGUCUUUUGUUCGUCGAAGUCAUGGCCGAAGUGAAUCCGGUGGAUCAGAUAGAAAUAUACCGCCUUAAAGCAAAAUACAUUGAAGAAGACAUAAAAAUGUUCGAUGGUCUACUUAGCGUUUAUUAUAUUCACGGUUUGACCAGUGGUACGAUUACGAGUGCGGUGGACAUCAGAAAACCUUCGUCUGUGCCCAGAGAAUACCUGCAGGAUCCCGAAAUCAAAAACUGUUUGAAUAAAGUACAUCCAUAUUGUAGUCAGAUAUUCCAAUUAAAAGAACAAACGCUGGCGACAGUGGAAAAAUAUGCUUUGGGUAAUACAUACAGACCCGAAACACCAACGUACGGUAGUUUCGUGAAGGACUGCAAACACUUCGCUAAAUCCGUGCUCUCAGAGAAAACGGUGAAAGACGUUACCGUCAACUUGAUAACCGCAUCAAAUAGUUUAUAUCAAAAUGGCGCGGGACCGAACAAAUCACUCGUACAGAACGCACAUACGGUCGUCAAAGAAACAGCUUCGUGGCUUUAUUCUGUUGAAGCAUUUUAUAAGAAGAUCAUCGAAACAUAUUCGGAUGCCUUCCCCGAUUUAGCGAAGCCCUUACAAUAUUCCUUAUCGCAAACUGUGUAUAGCGUUACACGUAUAAGCGAUGUUAUAAAGGAAUUAAUGGUUAAAAUCGAACAAGGGCCGACACAGAGAGAAAUCGUAUCGGCUUUGAUAGAGUACCCAAUUGCAAUAUCGAAUAAGGACGCGAAAGGAGAGCACUUGAAUCGUUUCGUGAAUCCGAAAUUCCUUCAGUUCUUGAACAAGAAUUUGCUGGGAUCGAACGUGGAUACAUUUAAUGUUGAGUCGGAAUGGAUUUCUGUGCUAAAAAUGAAUUUAGUGGAGUUAAAAAUGCAUUGUAUUGCAUCAGAGAAGAUCGAUAAGAUGUCCGUAGAUGCCAUGCUCGGUACACUCAGCGCUAUCGUCACCGCCUGGGAACAACAGCAGAGAGACAUUGAAAAGAAAAAACAAGACGACGAGGCCUUAUAUGUCACGAAAUCCAAAUGCGAAGAUGAAGAUGAGGACGCUAUGGCUGAUGAAGAAAUUCUCGAAAUGUUCCCCUCGUACUCAGAUGAAGACUUCUCAGAGUUCAAACCUCCGACUCUCGAACAGAAACCGAUCAAACAGAAGCCACUGACCGAUAAUAAACUAAAGCAACUCAUUUCUUUAGACGACGUAUCUUUAAUUUAUAAAUGGCAUUCGAACUUUGUACGUCACAUGACUGAAGCGGAAUGGUUACCCAGUCGAAAAAAGUUGGUCGGAAACGAUUUAGUAUCCGCGUUCUUUGAACGCUAUCCGACAUUCAGUCGUGUCAUACAGAACAGCUGGGAGGCUCUGGAUGCAGAUUUUGAAGGAAUCAUAUCACCCAGUUUAAUGGUUAUCAUAUCGCAGAUUAAAGAGAAGGUUAAUGGACAAGAAUUCUCAAGCGGCAAAGCCGAUUUCUAUCGGUCACCGUGGGUAUCGGAAACAAAACAAUGUGUACCAUUGCUACAUAAAGUUAAAGAGAGCACCAAUGAAUUAUUAGAUCAAUGGCCAGAUUUCCCCACUUUGAAAGAGAUAAUCAUAAUAGUGAAUAGGAUACUAUGUUUCCCGCUAGUGAGCCCGGUAUCGCGUUUCUUGACCGGUCUUGAGUUGCUUCGAGAUAAGAUUGAGGAAUGGAACAAAAACGCUCAUAAAGGCAACAAUUUAAUUGAAAUAUCAUUGGCCGUUGGACAACAGAUUAUAAACUGGAGAAAACUUGAGAUGGCUCAUUGGAAGGAGUGCCUGAACAAUCUAUAUCAAAGGAAACAAUCAGAGGCCCACAAAUACUGGUUUUACUUAUAUUCCGUGAUAAAAACUUACCUGGACACGACCUCUGAUGAGCCCGUCCCAGCUGACAGGGUUAUAUCCGUAUUGAAGGAUUUCAUGGAAAAAUCUAAUUUGGCCGAGUAUGAAGUCAGGCUGGAUAUAUUGUAUGUGUAUCAUUGUCACUUAAUACACCUUGAGUCUAGUCCGAGACGAGAUGAACUCCUCUCCAUACUGUGGAAUACAUACAAUUACUACGCUCAAUUCAGCGGGCAAGUGCUGGCGUUGAUAAAGGACAAACGCGCUCCCAUAGAAAAGAAACUGCGCGACUACGUCAAGAUCUGCACCUGGGAUCGUGAUCUCAGCUACUGGAGUGUUAAAGACACUGUCGAAAAAGCUCAUAAAGCUUUACAUAAACACACGAAGGAGUUUGAGAAAGUGCUCAAGGAAAGCGUUCUAAGCUGCCUGGUGGAUAGCACUUCGGACGUGACAACAGAUCACGUCGGUAUAUGGGACAGGCCGAAAAGGGCCACAGCGACGGCUCCAACUGGGGGCGCGUACAUGAUCGACCCACAAAACCAUCUCGUUCUGCCAAGGAAUAUCAAGCCUAAUAACAUGGAGAAAUAUUUAGAUCAAGCGGAGCAGCCGUCCAAAGUUUUGGCGGAAGGAAGCCUGCUAGCAAAAAUUCCUAGUUUAUUCAACAAAGCGAAGACCCUUUGUAAGGAUACGAUCGCGAAUACCGGAUAUCCGUCACUGGUACAAGCUCUGGACGAUUUCGUGACGACAAUUAUUGAGACGAACACCCAUCUAGGAUCUUUAGAGGUCGACACGUCCCUGGCCAAAGAAAAACAAAAAUCUCAAGCGAAAAAUAUAAUUCAACAAAAGCGCAAGGCACUCGCCGAUUUGUUCAAGUACCUCGCCAAAUUGGGCCUCAACUAUCGAACGGGUCUGGUUGUCCUGUCAACGUCAGAUGACCUGUACGAUUUCACGAUACCGCCCGUUGACUUAGAUGCCGCUAUGGGAUAUUUGAAGAGCAGACGCUGUGACGCUUCGCUGUCGUUGCUCUGGUCCGGUUGCGAGAAAUACUUCCAAAAAAAUAUAGCACGUCACCGAUUCUUAACGUUAGCUCUACAAUCACCGCACGAAGAUUUGGGCAUGCAGAACAUAGAGAGAUGUAAAGGUUUCGCCGCUCAGUUAAUGAAAUUAACAAACACACAGAAGAAAUCAAUAUCAAAAUAUUCGCGUUUGCUUUGCGAUUUACGAACUGCCACAACGAAUCUGACCAACGCUUUAGACAUUGAUACAGACGGCAUCAACAUAUCUACAAUAAAUUCGAAAAUUGACAUUCUUUGCGAGUGUUACGCAAAUUGUAGUCUUGUAUUAGAACAGUUCAAUAUAGUUUUAAAAUCUUGUCCAGAACAAGGUCUGAGAUCAGAUGUAGAACCGGAAUUCGACUCAAUAGUAUCUGGAUCUCAAAUUGUAAAGUGCUUCAAAAACUCUGACGAAUGGUGUGAACUUAAUAAAAAAAUAAAAUCUCUAAUAACGAACGUUAAUAAAAAGAAAAGUGCAUUGCUCAAGUUGUCCUGUACUAUACCAAAGAAAAUAGGACUAAACUCGGAGCUCCCGUUGGUUUCCCAGAAUCAUAUAGACGUAGUUGACGAAUGUUACGCCAAUUUAGAAACUAUGAUCAACGAAAUAGAGGCCAUUCUAGACGAAUAUAAAUUUGUAUUAAAUAUCGAAAUCGGCUUUGCGGCCCCAGAACAUCCAAUCUUGAGAAGUGUAAGAGAUUUAUCGUUAUAUAUGAAACAAACUUUGGUACAACUAGGCAGUUUGGACGGGAACAACGACAUAACUACACCACAAAUUUCGAGGGAUGUCGUGAUAAGUAAAACAGAAGAUCUAAUAGCCACAAUGCUAUUAAUCAUACAAUCAAUAUACAAAAAACAUUUGGGAGAUAAUUUGAAUGAAAGCACUGAGGUCAUUAAUGCUAUCGAUGAGAUAAUUGAUAGCGAAAAAGAAUCCAAAGAUAUACUUGAAGACAAACAUUUGAAAGAGCUUUUGCAAGAUAAAAUAUCGAAUGAUUCAAAAAUGCUACAAUUAGACGUUUUAAUAAAUAAAACAUCCGGCCUGUUGAACAACUAUGUACAAUAUUUGGCUAGUGGAGGCGAUGUUUGCGAUGUAAAGGACAUUGUGAUGAGAUCUGUACCGAUAUUGGAACAAACUAUGUUAUUCGUCCAAUAUUUCGUAACGCAAAAAGUAGCUGUCCAUAGAGUGUCUUGUAAGAUGUUAUCCGUUUUGUUGAAAAUAUUCUCCGACUUAUCGUCCAAAGGAUUCUGCAAACCCUCUGAUUUGGAUAUGGAGGAAGGUGAAGGUGAGGGUGGACCAGGUAAAUUAUCUGGAGGUGUCGGGUUAGGCGAGGGAGAGGGACAGAAAGAUGUAUCAGAUAAAAUAGAAAAUCAGGACCAAUUAGACGAUGCUCAACGUCCAGGAGAAGAGCAGAAAGAAGAAGAUAGGGAUUGUAAAGAAGAAGAAAAGGGUGUAAACAUGACUGAUGAUUUCGAUUCUCACUUGCAAGAUGUUGACAAAAAAGGUGACGAUUCAGAACAAGAGGACGAUGAAGACGACGCCGACAAACAAAUGGGCGACACUGAUAAUGCCGCGGAAAAGUUGGAUCAACAAAUCUGGGGUUCAGAAGACGAAGAAGAUCUCGAUGAACAAGAAGGGAAGAAGGAUAAAGAGGAAAAAGGUAAAGGUGAGAGCACGGGCGAGAAGGAAAUGGGUGCUAAAGAGGAAGAACAAGGUACCGACGACGGCGCUGAAGGGAAAGACCGAAAACAAAAGAAAGACAUAAAUACAAUGGAAGAACCGGAAGUCGAUGAUGAUCAUGUGGAUCCAUAUCAUGGCAACGCGCCCCAACUUCCAGAACCAGAAGAUUUCGAUCUCCCUGAGAACAUGGAUAUUGAUGGUGAAGAGCCAGGUGAAGAUGAAGGUGAAACAGAAACGGAGAAUCCAUUUGAGAUAGACGUCACGAAGGAUGUUCCGGAAGAGUCGAAGGAAGAGAACGUUGAGGAAAAAGAGAAUAAUAAGAACGGACUAGAAGUAUCCAGUGACGAGGAAGAAGGCGAUGACCAAAACGACGGAGAAAAAAAUAACAUGGAACAAGAGGAAAAGCAAGAUGAAACGCAAGAAAAAGACAAGGAAUCGACAGAAAAUGAAGAAGAAAAAGAAGAAGACGAUCAAACCAAUACAGACGGCGAAGCUCAGUCGUCCGAGCCGACCCAAGAACAGGAACCGGAACAAAAAGAAGACAAACUUCCACCAAACGAAGAGAAGAUUGAUGAAGAUGAUGAUGUACAGGAAAAAGGCCAGGAACCUAAUCCACAAGCCAAUCCAUCAAAUAAUGAUGAGGCUGCGGGAGAGAAGGCAGAGAACGCUGAAAUCGAUCGCGGUACUAGCGAUAAUGUCGAGACUAACGAUGAACAGGCUAAAGAUGAAGACGCAGCGCCUUUCGAACAAGCUCAGGAACAAGUGGGCGAAGAUAAACAGUCAAUGGGCCGUUCGGAACUCGACAAGAGCGAUAAAGGUCAUCGCGGUGAGAAGCAGGUCGCGAACCGGGCUGACGCGACACAGGAGAAAAAGAACAAACACGAGAACAAACCAGGGAAAACAGACGAGGAACGAAUACUAGGUGACAUUACUGAGAGGAAACAUAAACAAAUGCAGACAUUGAACGUUGAGCGGGAAGAUGAUAACGCAGAAGAGGGCGGCGAUGUCAAUGAUGAAGAUGAAAGCGACGCCGAUGCCUUCCAACAUGUGAAACAAGCUAAAAAGGAUGAUUUACAGGCGUUAGACGCAGCAACCAAAGAACAAGCCAAUGAACAGCCGGUGAUACAGAAAGAAGAAGAUGAAGGCGAAGAACUGAAGGAAGAUGAACAAGUUCCUAUGGAAGUUGACGAUGAAGAAUUACAGGUUGAGAAAUCGAAAGAACUUAAACCGGAAAAGAUGGGAGAAAGUGCUGAAAAAGACAAAGAUAAAUCUGGCAACAAAAAUGAAACCGGAGAGGAGCCCACUGGCGAAACCGGUAUGGAAGUGGAAGGAGAAAAAAUUGAUACCUCUAGUGUUGCCAGAGGAACUGACACUACUUAUCAUACACGAUUGGAGCAAGAGGAUGUCCAACCGGAGGAGAUGACGAUCGAGCAGUACAUGAGUAUACGGGAGUGGCUGGCGUGCGGUAGGGCGGGGGGUGCGGGGGGCGCGGCGGCGUGGCGCGCGCUGUGGCGGGACUCGGCCGCGUCCGCGCGCGCGCUCUGCGAACGGCUGCGUCUGGUGCUAGAACCCACUGGACGGUCGCGACGAGCGGGCGAUUUUCGAACUGGUCGUGCCAUUAACAUGCGUCGAAUUAUUCCAUACAUCGCGUCACACUUCCGCAAGGAUCGCAUCUGGCUGCGGAGGACAAAGCCGGCAAAACGAGAGUACAAGAUCGCUAUAGCCGUCGACGAUUCCAGUUCUAUGUCCGAUAACAGGAGCAAAGAGUUGGCCUUCGAGAGCUUAGCGCUCGUAUCUCAGGCUUUAAAUCUACUGGAAUCAGGUGAUUUAGCCGUUUUGAGUUUCGGCGAGAAACCGAACCUCUUGCACCCGUUCACCGAACAAUUCUCAGAACAUUCCGGCUCGAAGAUUCUCGAACAGUUACGUUUCGAACAGAAUAAAACUAAGAUAGCUCAACUGCUGGACUAUUGUACGGUUUUAUUCGAAGAACAGACCGUGAAGAGUGAUGCCCUGAACGCUAAAUUGUUAGUUAUAGUAAGCGACGGUAGAGGAAUAUUCUCUGAAGGUGAAACGAAGGUACUCCAGGCGGUCAGAAGGGCGAAACAGCAAGGGAUAUUCUUAGUUUACGUCAUCAUCGACAACCCUCAUAAUAAGGACUCGAUAAUGGACAUCAGACGACCGAUACUAGACCCCGCUACGAACAGCCUGUUGAGAUUCGAGUCGUAUUUAGACUCGUUCCCGUUCCCGUUCUAUCUAAUAUUGCGGGAUAUAUCCGCGCUACCAACUGUACUGGGAGACGCGCUGCGGCAAUGGUUCGAACUGGCCGCUAAUGUUAGCUAAAUAAGGAGAAAAAAAAACAUUUAGACCGUUUUGUUUCUCUUUCCAAAAUAGUACCAGUGUAAGCGGUAGGUAGCGGCUUGGCUCUACCCUUGGCAUUGCUGAAGUCCAUGGGCGACGGUAAUAACUCACCAUCAGGUGGGCCGUGUGCUCGUCUGCCUACAAGGGCAAUAAAAAAAAACAAUAUUUAAAUUUAAAUAUUUUUUUUAGAUUGAAUGUCAUUUUCACGUUUUGUUUUUCUUUUUUGCCUAAUCGUAAAAUGAUAUUUGUGUAUUGUUGUAGCGUAUGAAGUGGAACAUAUUGUGUUAUUGACAAUAACUAUACAGAGUAAGUUAGGAGUUUAUAGUUUUAAGAAUAUAAAAAUUAUUUUUAUAUACUAAAUGAAACAAAUACGGGGAUUAUCAUGUUAGAGAAACUUAUUAAUAGUUAAUAAUGUUAAAUAAGUAUGGAUUAUGAUUUGUUUAAAAUACAUCUUUUAUAAUAUAUAUAUUAAAUCCUUU